UUUCUCUGUAGCGAUUAAAUGAGUUUUAUUUUCGAAUUUAUUGCCUCGUUUGUGCGCAAAAUGCUGGAACUGUUGCAAUUCGGGGGCAAGACACUGACAAACACACUGAAAAUCUAUGUCAAAACAAACACUGGGCGCACGCUGACAGUGAACUUGGAGCCGCAAUGGGACAUCAAGAACGUGAAGGAAUUGGUGGCGCCGCAGCUGGGACUGCAGCCGGAGGAGGUGAAAAUCAUAUUUGCCGGCAAGGAACUAAGUGACGCAACAACCAUAAUGCAAUGCGAUCUGGGGCAGCAAAGCAUUUUGCACGCGAUUCGCAUGCGACCGCCAGUGCGGCGGGAAAAACUUCCUUCAGCGACGCUGGAGGAGGAAGAGCCCCCAACGGAGGAAGCUUCCAAGCCGCUUAACGAAACCCUGCUGGACUUGCAGCUGGAGAACGACGAGCGUCUCAACAUCACAGACGAAGAUCGCGUCCGCGCCAAAGCCCACUUCUUUGUGCACUGCGGACAGUGCGAUAAGCUGUGCAAUGGCAAGCUCCGUGUGCGCUGCUCGCUCUGCAAGGGCGGCGCCUUCACAGUGCAUCGCGAUCCAGAGUGCUGGGACGAUGUGCUCAAGCCCCGACGCAUACCCGGACACUGCGAGAGCCUGGAGAUUGCGUGUGUGGACAAUGCGGCUGGCGAUCCACCUUUUGCCGAGUUCUACUUCAAAUGCGCCGAGCAUAUAUCGGGCGGAGAAAAGGAUUUUGCGGCGCCACUAAAUUUAAUUAAGAGCAAUUUCAAAGAUGUGCCCUGCCUUGCCUGCACGGAUGUAUGUGAAACAGUUUUGGUCUUCCCCUGCGCUUCCCAGCACGUCGCGUGUAUUGACUGUUUUCGCCAAUAUUGCCGUUCGCGCCUAAGCGAGCGACAGUUUAUGCCUCAUCCGGACUUUGGCUACACACUGCCUUGUCCUGCAGGCUGUGAGCACUCAUUUAUAGAGGAAAUCCAUCACUUUAAGCUGCUGACACGGGAGGAGUACGAUCGGUAUCAGCGCUUUGCCACCGAGGAGUUUGUGCUGCAGGCUGGCGGCGUGCUCUGCCCACAGCCGGGUUGCGGCAUGGGAUUGCUCGUGGAGCCCGACUGCCGCAAGGUAACCUGUCAGAGUGGCUGUGGCUAUGUAUUCUGUCGCAACUGCCUGCAGGGCUAUCACAUUGGGGAGUGUCUGCCAAACGGUGGCAGUGCCAGUGCCUCCAACUCCUGCGAGUACGCCGUGGACCCGAAUCGCGCGGCCGAGGCACGCUGGGAGGAGGCCACCAACGUCACCAUCAAAGUCAGUACCAAGCCCUGUCCCAAAUGUCGAACCCCCACGGAGCGCGAUGGCGGCUGCAUGCACAUGGUCUGUACACGCGCUGGCUGCGGCUUCGAGUGGUGCUGGGUCUGUCAGACGGAAUGGACACGCGACUGCAUGGGCGCUCACUGGUUUGGCUGAUUCUGGAUCCUGGUUCUGCGUUUAUUUUGUGUCUUCGUUCGUCUCUUGACUAGUUUUAAGUUACGAGCUGCAGUAAAGACUGUUUGCGAGCAAA